AUGGGGCAUAUGCGCGAACUUCCCGAACCAGUUCACAAUGCAUGGCCGCAUUUUUACAUGCCACAUGAUUGCAUCAUCAAGGAAGCCAGCAGCACAACCAAGUUGAGAGACCCGUUCUACAUCAAGACAGUGUUGCCAUACUUCUGCGAUUCCGCACCUACAAGCUUUAACAUUCGAUAUAGAGAAGAUGUAUCGGCAAAUUCGUAUGGAUACUCAACGAAAGUCAUUCAACAAUUAGCGAAGCUCGAAGCUCAUAAAUCUCCAGAGGGAGCAGCGGUAGCACGCAGAGACUUCUACAUAGACGAUUUUAUAUCAGGAGCAGACACGUUGGUAGAGGCGAUAGAAAUUAGAGAUCAGGUAUCUGCAUUGCUUGAAGCCGGAGGUUUUAAAUUGCGAAAAUGGGUCUCCAAUAGCAAGAGUCUACUCGAUGGGAUGCGUAACACGUCAUCAGACAAUCAGCUACUUGAAUUGGACAAAUUUGGAGCGGCUAAAACUUUGGGUGUCAACUGGAAUCCUGAAGAGGAUAUCUUCGAUCCCCUAGGCCUACUAGGUCCGGUUAUCACCAGAGCGAAAAUUUUAAUGCAAAGGAUUUGGAGAAGCAACGUAGAUUGGGAUAAUCCAUUACCUCCGAAAAUCAACGCAGAAUAUUCAGGACUCGCUAUAUUCAGGGCCUAUCGAGCGCUAGAGAGAUCAGAGUGCCUCGCAGAAUUAGGGGCGACUCUAUGGAAGGAGACAAUUACGUGGAGAUCCAUGGAUUCGCAGAUGCCAGUGAGAGCGCUUACGGCGCGUGUAUAUAUCUCCGCAGUUUUAACGCAAAUGGAACGCCGGAAGUGCACUUAUUUUUUGUAUUGGAUCCGAGCUGUCAACAAGAAACUGCCAGUCUUUGUAGCACACCGAAUGGGUGACAUUCAGGAUUCAACAACCGUCGAGGAUUGGAGAUAUGUUCAAGGUAAAGAAAAUCCUGCGGAUUUGAUUUCGCGAGGAGCUAGCAUCAAGGAUUUUAUGGAUUCGCGAAUCUGGUGGAAUGAACCUCAAUUUGCAUCAGAAGGACCUACCAGAGGAACGAUACAAGCAGAUCGAUUAUGA